UUUAAUACCUCGUCAACCAUGUAUUAUGGAUCUUCAACGGAUAGAUACCGCGAUUUCGUGGAAGACUCAACAUCGCAUAAACUGAAAAGUGCAUAUUGGUCGACAAAACAAACAGUUAUACGGAAACUUGGAAGGGAAGAGGACAAGUACGUCGUCGCUUCCGACGCUGAACUUGACGCAAAGCUUGAGCUUUUCAAUUCAGUGCAAACAACGUGCCAGGAUUUGAUAUUAUGUACGGAGCGUUACCUUCAACGGAUAUACGGUUUAUCCCAAGCCGAAAAUGAAAUGGGGCGUUUUUUAAAGUCGAAGAGUUCCGAGGAUAAGACCCGGGCUGGCAAAAUGCUAGCCGCCGUGGGAAAAGCGCUUUCCCAUUCAGCUCAACAGCGGCUCGCCUUGCAAAACCCUUUGAAUCGGCUGACACAAGAGAUUCAGACAUUUCGUAAUCGCGCAAUUGACGACACAGCCUCGACCAUUAAAAGAACGGAAACCGCACGCAACGAUUAUCGUGGCGCGCUUCUUUGGAUGAAAAAUGUUAGCGAGGAGUUGGAUCCAGAUAUGGGCAAAAAGCUUGAGAAAUUCCGUCGUGUCCAGACUCAGUUGUGGUCCAAGAAGCGGAUUUCAAUGAGUUGCGAUGCUCAUAUCAUACGUGGUGAAUUCGCGGCCGGUACAAACUCUACAUUACUUUUUGCUUAG